AUGCAGUCGCCAACUAAGAAACGUGCGGGAGACGACAAUUCGUCCGGUCGUGGCGGGAAGCGACAGGCUUCGACUCCACCGCGACUAACUCGAUCUAUGCUCAAGAAACUCAAUGAGAAUGGCGGGCCACCAGUAGAACUCAACCCAGGCCUUGACAUGGGUGUACGCCGACGGGGUCCAAGGACGCGGCCUCCGAAACGGCCCGCUCAGGAUGAAGCUGUCGCGGGUAGUGUCAAGCGGACCGCUACGGAACACGGGAGGGGGCUAGGACCACACCCGAUAGAACCACAACCUACAGCAACACUGUCGAUAGAGCCACAGCCGAUAGAACCAGAGCCCGUAGAGCCUCAGCCUGUAGAGCCUCAGCCUGUAGAGCCUCAGCCCAUACAACUGCCAACAAAAGAUCAUGAAAAGAGGGUUUCGGAAACCGAUGUCGCUGCGGCGUCUCGACUCGCACAAGCGGCCAUCGCGGCGGGCCUCGCAGGAAACACUUCAGAAGCAGGCACUCCCAUGGAUGAAGAACUGCCAGGCCCUGUGCGCUUUACAAAGAAAGAUUUGAGGGACAUUCUGAGGGACGCCGUCAUCGAAGACGAAAUUCGUCAGAUGAUGGAGCCUCACUGGCUCGCGAGGAUGGAAUUCCUGACGUGGUUGGAACGUCCCGCCGCGGACAUGCGUUACAUCAAGAGGCAAAUACGCAGGCUGGCAGUGAGGUGGAGCAAGGACCUUCGGAACCAAGACGCUGCUGAUGUUGACGUCCCUAUAUCGACGCUUGAAUCAUGGCGGGCCGACAUGGUCAUUGUGGGUGGUCCCAGUGAAGGCACGGACACCAGCGAGGCGAUGGAUGAAGAUGAGAAGACAGGAGACGAGACGAGGGCAGGUGAGAGAGAAGAGGGAGAUAAGAAAGAGCCUGAGACAGAUGGAGAUGGUACUCAAGCGACCAAGGAACAGGAUGGCGAGGAGGGAGAUGAAAAUGCGAUUAACCAUGAUGGCCGCGAGGUUGCUGAAGCACUCGCAGAGUCUGUCACUCUGGCGACGCGCGACAUGGCGGAGUGGAAAGAAGCCUUUGACAAAGAAAUGGCAGCGGAACCGAACUUCAGGAGUAAGCGUGCUUGGGCCGCGAGAGUAUCAGAGUCUCAAAGAGAUGCGAAAAUACUCGAGGAGAAGGUAUUGGGCUUGGACGUAUACAAGUCUGAAUGGGUCACACAGUCAUUUAUGAAAGCCGCGGACCAGCUGCUGGAUGAACUACAGAAGUUCAGAAUUGGGCUUCGGAUGGAUCGCGAAGCCUUCUGGGACGAAUUUGACCAGGAAAGAGCAGAACUUUUACUAGGGAAGACAGAAAUCGAUCAAAGUGCAGAGGAAGUGAUACAGGAAGCGGUCCACGAAGAAGAAGCACAGGAUCUUGUGCCAGAGAAGGAAGACAUUCAGAUGACCGAACCCGAGGCAGAGGUGGAAGACGCUCAGAUGACGGAAAGUGAAGAACUCCAAGGCUCCAGCAAGGGGAUCAUUUCACCGCGGCAAGGAGAGAAGCCCGGGACACAGCCCGCAGCCGAGUUUGAAGGGCAGGAUCGAGAAGGACAAGCAGCAGAGGCCGGAGAGAAGUCAACUAGCCGAGAACCAACUCCAUGGCUACCGGACAAGAGGGGCAGCCAUAGCCCAUGUUGGAAGUGGCCAGGUGACCGAAAAGAGGAACCCAAAAUCAGUGACCCUGAUGUCACCGCUGCUGUGGAGGAAGACGACAAGUCUCCCCAUGAGGUCAGGCGGGACACGAGCUCUGAGUUGUUCAGCAGUCGCUCAGCGAGUGCUGAGGAAGUCAGCAACGAAGAGGAACACACAUCCGACCAAGCCCUGACUACCUCCGAAGUGGCCGGCGACCCACAGAAUACCAGCUCUACGAUACCGAGUGUCGAAUCUGAAGGCAUCGACAGCAGCAAAGCAGAAGAUUCAACAGAUCAAACCUUGACUGCAUCUGUUUCAACUCGCUUGCCGCAGGACACAACCUCUGUGGCCGACAACAGUCGGUCGGCGAGUCCUGAAAUAAUCAUCGGCGAGGUAGAGAACACGGCGGACAGCUCUUCGACUGCCUCCAAUAUAUCCAGCCUGCCCGAGGAAACACAGGUGGAAAACACAGUGGGCACGGCCUCGGCAACUCCCAAUGUGACCAGCCGGCCAGAGGACACAGUCUUGCCACAAGACCCAAGCCCGUCAACAUCAAGCGUGCCGAUAGAGAGUACCGAGGAAAUCGACGGGGAAGUAGAGAAGACAGUGGGCAGCACCUCAUCUACCUCUCGUAUAACCAGCUUGCUGCAGGAAGUAAGCAUGCCACAUGAAGUAAGCUCUUCGACAACCGUCGUAGCGUCAGAGAGUGUGGAGCAAAUCAGCGGAGAGGUAAAACAAGCAGCAGACCAGGUCGCAACUACCAACCUGCCGCAGGACACAAAUCUUACAGCAACCGGCAUCCGGUCAGGCAGCGACACGGGAGCCGGCGGCGGGGUAGAGAACACAGUCGACGACCGUGCCGCACCGACCUUGGACGCAGCCCGUCUGCCAGGGGGAGGCAAUGCUGGAGAAGACCUGGAAUCACCGCCAGCCACCAGCAGCGUUGGGGUGAGCCCAAUCGUUGUCCCCAAUGUGCGGUACAUCAAGCCGCAGUGGGAGAGCCUGUUCAGCCCCGAAGAGCCCAUGUACAGCUCCAACGACUUCAGCGCGAACGAGGCCGGCGAUGGGGAUGACGAGGAUGACCACCAGGCCUAUGAUACUGAAGAGGUCGGCGAGGUCGACGACAGAGAGGCGGAUGAUGUCGACCCGUAG